AUUAUUAAUAUUCAGUGUUAUUCCAGAUAGAAUGUGGAUCUCGUCGCAUAAUGGAUCAUAAAUAUGUGAUAACUGUACAUAAGUAUCAUAGACUAUUCAGGAGUAGGAAAUAUCGCAAAUUCCAUGUCGCCAAGUUUAGAUGCGGCGUAAGAACUAGUGGUUUUCUUUUCUUUUCUUUCUUCUCCCUUCUCCUUGUUGGCUGGGGAGAAGACGGAAUUGACACAAACUCCAACGAGCCAAACGCCGUUAUAUGCCUGAGAAGGACCAAUAAAGCCCAAUGCGUCGAUUCGUUCAAAUAGUUGACAAUAAAGGCAUCUUUCAUCCUCAAUGAUAUCAGUACAUAGUGACGCGCGCCUUGCAGUCACAAAUAAUCGUUGCUCAAUUCGAAGGGGAAAGAACUAGCUUUCGUGA